AUGAAAUAUAGAGUAGUCCUUAUUACGGGAGCCAACCGAGGCAAGUGCUUUGCUCUGACCUUUGAGUUGAUUGUCGUGGAGCUUAGUCUAGAUGCUCCAUCAACUAUUACUGAAGCGAUCUCACAAGUUGAAAAACAGCACCGCGUGGAUCACAUUGACAUAGUCAUCGCAAAUGCCGGGAUUUGCAACCAUUGGGGACCAGUGUCAGAAAUGGAAGAUGUCGAUAUGAUCUCCCACCUCGAGGUGAAUACGCUGGGGCCACUGAGGCUGUUCAGGGCAACGGCCUCAUUGUUGAAAGCCAGCAAACAGCCUAAACUUGUCUAUCUGUCCUCCGAAUUGGCAAGCAUUGCUGGUCUAGAGAAGUCGUCGUCACUGACCACUGCAUAUGGAGUUUCAAAAGCGGCAAGCAAUUACCUGAUCAAAAAGAUACACGAAGAGAAUGAAGGCUUGAUUGCUUUCUCAAUUGACCCGGGGUUUGUCCAGUCUGACAUGGGCAACCGUGGCGCGCGGUACGGUGGACUACCGGAGGCUCCAAUGACCAUCAAUGAAAGCGUGGAAGGAAUCAUUGGCCAGGUAAGCCAAGAAGAUAUUUUCUUAAAAUUGGGGCUACAUGCUAAUUGGCUUCUUCUGGCUGGCCAAAGAUUGAGAGUGCCACGAAGACCACAGAAUCCGGGGAAUUCAUCAGAUUCAAUGGAAAUACCUUGCCGUGGUAGGAGAAAUGGCACAAUGUCGUAG